AUGGCAGGUUAUGACCCGAGUACAGUGAUUUCAAUAAAAAAUGAUUCUGACACUCCGGUUCUCAUUCCCAGGCGGAUACCACAAUCAUUACAUGAAGCAAGAGUUCUGAACUCUUCUGUAAGAAUUGAAGCUGGACGUUAUCGUGUAACUUCUCCUCCUCCGUUCGCUGUGUCUUCUUCCAUUGGUGAAGUUAACCGAACCCGGAAAACCAUUAACCGACCUUAUGAAGGGCAAAUGAUGAAGGCAGAGACGUCAUUCGUGAAAAUUGUCGAUCUUUUGCCUGGGAAGACAAAACGGAGGGUUUAUUUCAAUGAGGAUGAAGAGGAACCUCUGGAAGAGAUAAGCAGUCCUAAAAAAGUAAGAUUGAUAAAACGGUUUAAGAAAUAUGAAGAUCCGUCUAUGCCAGGGACAAGUAUGUCCGACGCUAAAGAUCAUACAGAACAAAUAGAGGAAAGUGAAGUGGUUGUCAGUGAUAAUCAAGUUAGGAAGUCCGUUUUAGAAGAGCAACAUGAACAGCAAUAUGUUGAGGAAGUAGAUGUAAUCGAAGAGGAAGGAUCUGUAGUGGGAGGUUACAUGGGGAACUAUAAUGAAACUUCAGUCCCUGUCCCAAGACUCCAUCCCAUUUCUAUAGGGAACGUAGCCCUAGUUAAGCAGUUACGGGGAGAAAAUAACUAUUUAAAGGAUCAACUGGAUGCCAGUUUUUAUAGGAUAAAGCAGUUGGAAGCUCUUCUUGUAGAACGAAACCAACGGUUGAAGCAAUUGCUUCGAGAAAAUGUAACCUUGGGUGUUAAAAUACGGAAAUUAACAGCUGAAAUUGGUACAGAAACAGCUGAGACAAUCAUGAAUUCAUAG